AUGGACAACAUCUUCGAGCUCUGGCACACACUGAGUAUGUCUGUUAGGGACAAGAAGUCUGUCCUCCAUGCUGCUUCAUCACCUACUGAUGCAGCCAUGAUCGUCGCCAGCGACUCGACGAACUCUUUGCAGGCGCUCAUGGAGAUCUCUCAAGUAGCCUACCAGUUGGGUGACCAGCCACUGAUCAACGCGGCCCUGGCGAGCCUACGAACUCGAUCUAUUGAAGGUCACCUCUCUGCUAUAGGUGGAUCGAGGCUAUCUCAGAAGUCUAUACCAUACAGUGUGUCGAUGAAGACCUUAUCCGUACGCUGA